AUGGAAGUUAACAUCACUUAUGUCACUGAAUUUAUUCUCAAGGGAAUUACAGACCGGCCAGAGCUUCAGGCCCCAUGCUUUGUGGUGUUUUUAGUCAUCUAUCUGGUCACAGUGCUGGGUAACCUUGGAUUGGUAACCUUAAUCCAAACUGAUGCUCGACUCCACACACCUAUGUAUUAUUUCCUCAGUCACUUGGCCUUUGUUGACUUUUGUUACUCUUCUGCUAUCACACCGAAGAUGAUGGUGAAUUUUGUUGUGCAACAUAACACCAUUUCUUUCCAUGCCUGUGCCAUUCAACUGGGUUGUUUUCUCACCUUAGUGAUCACUGAGAAUUUCCUUCUAUCCUCUAUGGCCUAUGAUCGCUACGUGGCCAUCUGUAGUCCCCUGCAUUAUUCAACAGUGAUGUCCAAAAGGGUCUGUGUUCAGCUGGUGGCAGUUCCAUACAUAUACAGUUUUCUGGUUGCCCUGUUCCAUACCAUUCUCACCUUCCGUCUAACUUACUGUGGCCCCAAUGUCAUCAAUCAUUUUUACUGUGAUGACAUCCCCCUCAUGGCUCUGUCCUGCUCAGAUACACACAUGAAGGAGAUUAUGAUGUUUGCCUUUGCUGGGUUUAAUGUGAUCUGUUCUUCUUCCAUUGUGCUCAUCUCCUAUACCUUUAUCAUCACCGCCAUUGUAAGGAUGCGCUCCACCCAAGGGCGACGCAAGGCCUUUUCUACCUGUGGCUCCCAUAUGGUGGCUGUUACUAUUUUCUAUGGCACCUUGAUCUUUAUGUACCUGCAGCCCAAAUCCAACCACUCCCUGGACACGGACAAAAUGGCGUCUGUAUUUUACACGGUGGUGAUUCCCAUGUUGAACCCUCUCAUCUACAGCCUCAGAAACAAAGAGGUGAAAGGUGCCUCCAAGAAAGUCUUGAGUAAAGGAUGUGAAACCUUCAAAAUAUUAAAAUUAAGAAAAUGA